AUGAAAGAAGCAAAGCACAGGAUUAAUAUGGAAGAACAAGAGAGUGGGAAAGUCCAAGAAAAGGUAAAUGAUUUAGAAGAUGUGGAGGCAAACGAGACUAAAGCACAUUUACCUUACCUUCCUUUGGACAUGGUUAAACUGAUUGCCAAGCGUCUCAUUUUAGUUGAUUAUUUGCACUUUCGUGCUACGUGUAAAAUGUUCCAUUCUGUAGCGCCUCAGAUCCAAUGGAGAACUACCACACCAAGGUUGGAAAACCCUUCUUUAUCUCCAUGGCUAGUGUUAUUUGGGAAAGAGAGUGUUUAUUCUUUCAUUGACCCUAAUCAUGGUGAAAAAUAUCUCAUCAACUUGCCCCAAGUGUUAAAAGAAGGCAGUAUAAUUCGUAGUUCAAAAGAUGGUUGGCUGCUAGUAACUGUACGCAUGUCAACAUUCUUUUUCAAUCCAUUUACGCAAGCACUUCUUCCACUAGCAGAUCGUAGCUUCCGUAUUCGGAACCCUUGCAUGGGUUUCUCAUCUACCCCAGACUCUUCAGAGUGUGUAGCUGUUGAGAUUGAGGACAAGACUGCCAAUAAUUCCAAUUUCUUUGUGAACUAUUGUAGCCCGGGGAAUGAAGAUUGGGAUGAGUGGGAGUUUGAAUAUACCAAUUUUUCCUUUGAUUGCAAUAGCCCGGUUUUCUACAAAGGAGCAUUUUAUUAUCUGGGUAAGGAAGGCAAUCUUGGAAUUCUAAAGUUAAACGACGAAGAGCAUAGUUUCGAAGUUCUUACAAAGCCUAAACCACCGUGCAAUGGUAACUUCCAGAAGUUUCUAGUAGAAUGUAAUGGUGAGCUCUUAUCAAUAUUUGUGGCUCCAUUUGGAAAGUGGGUUCGAGUUUUCAAACUGAAUGAAUCAAAAAUGACUUGGGUUAGAGUUGAAAAUUUAGGAAAUUAUAUGCUUUAUGUUAGCCAUACAUCGUCCAUGUCUGCUAUAGUAAAAUCACCUGGAAUGGAGAACAAAAUUUACUUUCCGAGAUUUUAUGGAGAAAGCAUUGUCUUCUAUUCACUAGAGACGGAUAAUUAUCAUUCCUUUAAGAGUAAGGAUGUUGUUGACUUUUAUAGCACAACAGAAUUAUUGUGCUGUGGUUGGAUCGAACCUAGGUGGUGCUAG